AUGUCGUUGAGCCCAAAGCACACAACGCCUUUCUCAGUGACAGAUAUUUUGAGUCCUAUCGAGGAGACCUACAAGAAGUUUAGUGGCAUGGACGGCACCGGGAACCUCACCUCUCCACUGGGAGCUUACCGACAACCUCAGGUUUCUCAGCCUGGCAUGCAGCAGCAUUCUAUGGGCCACAACGCUACCGUCGCGACCACCUACCACAUGCCACACAGUGUCUCUCAGUUCUCGCACAGUGCCAUGGGAGGGUACUGCAAUGGAAGCAUUAGCAACAUGGGAGACCUUCCCUCGUACCAAGAAACCAUGAGAAAUAGCGCAGCAGCAACAGGGUGGUACGGCGCAAACCCCGACCCAAGAUAUUCAACAAUUUCUAGAUUCAUGGGACCUUCCACAGGUAUGAAUAUGACCGGAAUGGGGACGUUGACAGGAAUGGCGGACGCCACCAAAUCCAUGCCACCUUUGCAUGCGGCGCCCAGGAGGAAACGGAGAGUUCUCUUCUCUCAGGCUCAGGUGUACGAGCUGGAAAGGAGAUUUAAGCAACAGAAAUACCUCUCGGCACCAGAGAGGGAACACCUGGCGAGUAUGAUCCACCUCACGCCGACUCAAGUCAAGAUCUGGUUCCAGAACCACAGGUACAAGAUGAAACGGCAGGCCAAGGACAAAGCCACGCAGCAGCUGCAGCAGGAAAACAACCUGUGCCCGCAGCAGCAGUCUCCGAGGCGGGUGGCCGUUCCCGUUCUCGUUAAGGAUGGUAAACCAUGUCAGAAUGGCUCUAACACGCCGACGCCAAAUCAGCAACAGGUCCAGCAGCACCAACAGCAACAGAACGGCUCUGGGGGAGUUAUACCCGCUUCCAGCAAUAGCAUCAAUCAGCACCAAAACCAGCAGGUGAACCCUUUGGUUCAGGCCCAAGACCUGGAGGAAAUGUCACCAAGCCCUCCGUCUCUGCACAGCCAGAUCAGCAACCUGGCACAGAUUGACACUUCUGCUGUAGAUUACACCAACAAUAUGGUCAGUUCGAACCUGCUUUAUGGCAGAACGUGGUAG